AUGGACUUCGAGCAAUAUGGACAGAGCUCCCACCAGCCCAGACAACGGAGAAGAAGAGCCGGAAAGCGGCGAUUGAAUAACAAGGCUCCGAUCGCAGCACGUCUGGCGCUGGACCCCCAGCUGCGUGGGAAGGUCGGCAUCUUAUCCGAAGAUCUAGCGAAUGACCUGUUCCAGCAGCAGGCCCUCCAAGAUGUCACGACCUCAGACGAUGGAGUUCUCUAUGUUGCAAUUGCCCCGCAUACCCCUACGUAUACCUCGGUGGAGGACCAGGCCUGGACGAUACUUCCAGUACGCAUCCAGCCCACAGAAAGGUCGCCAGUUCCGUUAUCACACUCGACGGUUCUGUUCCCAGAGUCAGCGGAUUCACUGCAGCCUUUCCUCCAGGCUCUGGGGAAGGUUGAUCCAUCGCGCAACUCCCUACAGGCACAUCGGUCCGUAGAGAUUCGGAUUCUGGAUGUCGCCCCAAUUCAUCUCGAUACGAUAUUUGUUACCGUAGAGCGCCAUCUUCUCCGCAAUCACGAUGACGUUCAGAACAAGUUUAGUGGUGGGUUUCAGAAUGCGCGGGGGCCCAAUGGUCUCUGGGGAAAGGCGGGGAAGACGGCAGAAGCCAAGAAGUAUUCGAAGAGAGCGGCAGCGGAUGUCGAACAACGGCUCACCGCAGCUGUUCGUGAGGCGUUGGGAGCGCAACGCAUUGUACAUACUGGAGACGUACUGCCCCUUCCUCUCCCUCCGCACCCUAUCACCUAUGCGCCGCCACCCCCUGCGCGAAUCUCAUUCUGUGAGCCUGUUUCCCAAGGCCUGUUGAUGCCCACCACCAAGAUUGUCCUUAUCCAGGCUCGUGCACAAGGAAUUCGUGCCCAGCAAACCGUCCCUCCGAGGUCUGCCCUUCUCAAACAAGUGGCCGAGGAUGAAGCCGAUGACACUUCCAACGAACAAUUCUAUUCCGCGGCAGAAGACAAGCCUGGUGAAAGCGGGACCGAGAUGGAAGCUACAUCGGCUGCCGAGGAGUCUGAAACAGAGGGAUCGGCAGGCUCAAUGAGCGACUCGUCGGAUGAUUCUUUGGAAGACAUGAUAUCUCUCAGUGCACCUGAACUGCCACAGCCAGCAUCUGGAGUGAUGUCCUCAUUGACAUCGGCGACCCCAAGAGCCGGUGGUCGACGCACAGAUGGAAUCCAUACUCCAGGAUCAGUGGCAUCGAAUUUUACAUCGGCCACUAUGCGCCCUGGCCGUGGUGGAGCCAAGACCUUCAAGGUUGAAGGUCUCUUGCAACAAGUCCCGAAUGAUGUGUUGCACCCCAGGCCGCGCGACGAUGAAGACGUUGACUCCUUUGUCUUUGUAGACAUCAGCACCCUGGCCAAGAUCGGUUGCUUCUCUGGCGACUGGGUUCGGAUUGAAGCAGCCGAGGAGCCCCAGCUGAACAUGUUUGCCUCUCUCAAAUUUGGAAGCUUUAAUGAUUCCCCCGAAGACUCAGGCGAUUGGCGCCCAGUCAAGGUCUUCGGUCUCUCUGGCCUUCCGUCCUCUAAGCCGCGUUAUGCCAUUAACCACUCAGGCGAACGUCGGUCUAGCGUCUCUCAACGUCCACCCACCCGCUUGACCCCCUCUGUCUUCGUUCCUCCACUGCUUCUGGGUAACAUUGAAAACCCCAAGUACCUGCGGAUCUCUCCUAUGACCUUUGCUACACCCAACAGUUCUUCAAAGCCUGGUCUUUUGCACCAAAUGAAGAACACUGCUGCCAAGAACCCGCCUUUGGCGAAGGAGGUUACAUUGCUUAAGGUGUCUACUCCACUUUCCAUGGAUCGGGUACUUCAGCCAGCACUAUUUGCAGGACUGAAGCAUUACUUCGAGUCUCGCCGGCGUAUCCUCAAAAGCGGCGAUUUGGUCGGCAUCAGUGUCGACGAAGGACUCGGCAGAGCAGUCUUCUCUGGAACCGCUGGCGGGGACAGCGCCAAUCAAGAAGAAGAUAUCACCACCAGACUCGGCCAGAAUGUCGAUGCCGGUAACGCGGGAGCUCGCAAAAUUGGCGUUGCUUGGUUCCGCGUUGGACAGGUUGCACCGACUUCCGUGGAGGAGCUGGAGGAGACAGGCGAAGACCAAUGGGGUGGAGUUGCUGUCCUUGACCCAGCGACUACUCGGAUGGUUCAGGCCGGAAGCGACGUGAGCCGAAUUCCUGGUGUGCUGAAUAAUGGAUGGGAAUAUUGGCUUGGUGUCAAGAGAAUCCCGAAGAGUGUCACUGACACUCCAGCUCCCCAUGGCAUUGUUGCUGAGCCCCCCCAGGCCUUUAUUCCCCCCCUGCAGCAGCGAAUUCGGGAUCUCAUGUCUGCUGCGACUAGCCCUCGAGCUAUCCAGCUCGGUAUGAAGCCCGUUUUCAUUCUCCUCCGGUCUCAGCAGAGACAUGUUGGAAAAGCAACUGUAGCAACUCGGGCAUGUUCCGACAUCGGUCUCCACACAUUCCCCAUUGAUGCAUAUGAUAUUUUGACAGAAGGCGGUGCCAACGGUGGCGAUGUUAAGACUGAGGCGUACCUAAAGGCCAGGGCAGAGCGGGCUUUCCAUUGUGGAGCCAACUGCACCUCGCUGCUGAUCAGGCAUAUCGAAGUGCUUACCGCUGAUCGCAUUGUGACAGCAAUGACCGAUAUCUUGAAUGAUGCGAGAGUCAUCAUUGCCACCACCACUGACGUCGAAAACAUCCCCGAAGGCAUUCGUGGUCUCUUCACUCAUGAGUUCGAGAUGGGUGCCCCGGAAGAGAAAGAGCGCGAAGGAAUCCUCAAGAACGCAGUCGCAGAACGCAGUAUCAAGCUGUCUAGUGAUGUGGACCUGGGAACCGUUGCCUUGAAGACCGCCGCGCUCGUCGCAGGAGACCUGGUUGACGUCGUGGAACGAGCUGCCGCAGCGAGAACUGCUCGCCUUGAAAGCCUCGCUGAAGCCAGCAAGCAACAGUCUGGCUCGGAGGUCUUCGUCAGAGAUGUUCUGCUGGCAGGAGGCGACGGUGCACGAGGUGUCACCAAGGCAGACUUCGACUUUGCCGUGGAAGCCGCGCGCAAGAACUUCGCCGAUUCGAUUGGUGCCCCCAAGAUUCCGAAUGUAGGCUGGAAUGACGUUGGUGGAUUGACCAAUGUCAAGGAUGCGUUGAUCGAGACUAUUCAGCUGCCACUUGAGCGCCCCGAACUCUUCGCCAAGGGUAUGAAGAAGCGUAGUGGUAUUCUGUUCUAUGGACCACCGGGUACUGGAAAGACCCUGCUGGCCAAGGCGAUUGCCACCGAGUUCUCUCUCAACUUCUUCUCUGUCAAGGGACCUGAAUUGCUUAACAUGUACAUUGGUGAAUCCGAAGCCAACGUCCGUCGUGUAUUCCAGCGUGCUCGUGAUGCUCGUCCUUGCGUUGUAUUCUUCGAUGAAUUGGAUUCCGUUGCCCCCAAGCGUGGUAACCAAGGCGAUAGCGGUGGUGUGAUGGACCGGAUUGUCAGUCAACUGCUCGCAGAAUUGGACGGCAUGAACGGCGGCGAAGAGAAUAGCGGCGGUGUCUUCGUCAUCGGUGCUACCAACCGUCCUGAUCUGCUGGAUACAGCCUUGCUCCGUCCAGGACGUUUCGAUAAGAUGCUCUACCUGGGUGUCUCGGAUACCCACAGAAAGCAGGCGACUAUCCUCGAGGCUUUGACUCGGAAGUUUGCUCUCGAUCCCGAUGUCUCGCUUGACCGUGUUGCGGAACGUCUUCCUCUCACCUACACCGGUGCUGAUCUGUACGCGCUUUGUUCUGAUGCCAUGCUGAAAGCUAUUACAAGGAAGGCCACGGCAGUCGAUGACAAGAUCAAGAGCCUACCCAACGGUCCUGUCAGCACUGCUUGGUUCUUCGACCACCUCGCAACACCAGACGAUGUCUCUGUCACAGUGACAGAAGACGACUUCCUCUCCGCUCAAGGAGAGCUCGUGCCAAGUGUUAGCGCCAAGGAACUAGAACACUUCGAAAGAAUCCGCCAAACCUUCGAAUCAGUCGACAAGCAAAAACAAGACCCAGCAGCUUCCAACGGCGCCCAAACAAUCGCCGAAGCCAUGGAAGCCUUCAACCUCGAUGGCGGUGCAGCAACCCUACCACCAACAGAAACACUUCUCCCAAAUGGUGACAGCCACGGCCCGGGUAGCAUCCACGACCGCAUCAAAGGCCUGAAACAAUGGCCUGGCAGUAUAAUUCGCAGCCCUAGUGGGCAGUCUACAACUAGUAGUAAUGGCAAGGGCAAGGGCAGGAGUGUUAGUAAUAAGAAGGGGAAAUCCCGAGGUGUGGACGGGGAUGUGGAUAGGGAUGGUGAUGGUGAUGAGGAGGAUGGUGCUGGUGGGGGUGCGGAGGAUGGGGAUGAAGAUGAGGAUAAUUAUAUUGUGAGGACUGGUCAUCUUGGGAAUCCUAUGGAGGAGAUUGAAUAG